CAUUCCUCCUCGGUCGGCAGCUGUUGACGAACGGACUUACCAAUAGACAGUUUUUAUAUAUUCUUUUUGUGUUAAUUAACAAAAUGAUUUUGACUAAAGUAGACACAGAUGAUCCAGAUUAUGUUGAGAGCUGUAAAGAAGAGAUGAAGAAGGAACCGGUAGGCAGCGACGCGCUGGAGAGAGUUCUCUACCACGUGGGGGAGAUGGGCCGCUACCAGAAGCUGAUGUUCCUCUCGAUGCUACCGUUCGCUCUGUUGUUCACCUUCAUCUACUUUGGGCAGAUGUUCAUCACGGCCACGCCACAGCAGCACUGGUGUCAUGUACCGGAGUUGGCGCACUUAGAUAUGGAGACCAGACGUAACCUGUCAGUGCCUCGUGUGGGGGAUGGAUGGGCGCAGUGCGAGAUGUAUGCGGCCAACUGGAGCCUCGUGCUGGAUGCCAUGCAGCCGCCAGAGCCUAGCACACCUAAGCUGCCCUGUCAGCAUGGCUGGGACUUCCUGCUGAAAGACAUUCCUUACCAAACCGUCGUCAGUGAGCGUGGCUGGGUGUGCGAGUACUCCGGCUACGCGCCGUUCGCACAGACUAUGUACUUCGUGGGUUCGUUAACGGGAGGUAUAUUAUUCGGAUGGGCAGCUGAUCACUUCGGUCGAGUACCAGCUUUGGUUGGUGCAAAUCUAAUAGCGUGUGUAGGUGGCUUGGGCACUAUAUUCACGAAGGGAUUAUGGGAUUUCGUCUUCUGCCGUUUCCUCGUGGGAAUGGCGUUUGACAAUAGUUUUACGUUAUUGUAUAUACUUGUCUUAGAGUACGUGGGUCCGAAGCAAAGGACGUGGGUAGCGAACGUACCCUUAGCGCUCUUCUUCGGCGGCAGCAGCCUGGUGAUCCCGUGGGUGGCGUACUUGAUCGCGGAUUGGCGCAAGUUCCUCUGGUACAGCACGUUGCCGCUCUCGUUUUGUUUGCUGGUUCCUUAUCUUAUACCGGAAAGCGCUAGAUGGCUCGCAUCACGCGGCAAAGUGAACCAAGCUGUCAAAGUGCUGAAAAAGUUUGAGAGAAUUAACCGCACGAAAGUCCCUCAGGACGUUAUGGAUGACUUUAUUGUAUCAUCAAGUCAAUCCAGAGAGAGCAAAGAGUCAAUAAUCGAGGUAUUCAAGAGCGCCCCUUUGCGGAAGAUGAUGUUGCUGCUAAUGGUGAUUUACAUGGGUUGCUCGGUGAUCUUCGACGGGCUGGUGCGCAUGUCUGAGGGUCUGGGGGUCGACUUCUUCUUGGCCUUCACACUCGCGGCCUCCACGCAAAUACCAUCUGUGGGACUCGUUGCCCUCUUACUUGACAGGUUAGGAAGAAGGAACUUUACAAUGGGACCUAUCAUUAUGACUGGAAUAUUCACAAUCACUGCAGCUUUCGUGCCUAAAGGUCUGCCACAGAUGAUCCUGGCGAUCGCGUCUCGGUUCUCGAUCAAUAUGGCGUACACGGCGGCGGUGCAGUGGAGUACCGAGCUGGUGCCGACGGGCGCACGCGCCUCAGGACUGUCACUUGUGCACGUCAGCGGUUACGUCGGCAAUAUGCUCUCGCCUUUGAUCGUGUACUCGGCACGUAUCUGGGGCCCGUUCCCACUGUUAACGUUGGGCUCGAUUGCGCUAACAGUAAGCAGUUUCUGCUUCCUGCUGCCCGAGACCAAAGGCCGGUCAAUGCCGCAGACCAUCGCGGACGGAGAAAGAGUAAUGCGGUCACACACUUUGUGCGGAAAAGCUGAAGAAGAAACAGAUUUGAACGAGAAAGAAAAAACACUCAUCACAUAAGGCCCGUGAUAAAAUAUUUUAGCUUUAUUUACUUUAAAUGUCGUAAAUUUUAUCGAAACGUCGCGUCGUCUAAAUAAUACGAGUAUGUA